GAGAGAACGCUGUUUGAAACAAAUCAGAGAGCGGCGCGCGCGGUGGCUAACUGACCAAGCUAACAGGCUUUUAACGGCUUUUUCCUUUUUCCCCUGAGGCGGAGUGGAGCAGCAGCAGCAGCAGGACACACGGAGCAGCUCUCAGGCGGGGUCGGUGGUUUUUUGUCAGUAUUUGAGAUUUUCGCUGGCGAAAGUUGUUUCUUUUGGUGAAAAAUUCCGUCAGAACUUUUUUCCCCGUCCUCUCUCUCCCUCUCUCUCUCUCUCUCUCUCCCCGAGCUGUAAUGCUGGAGUGUUUCCCGUCCUCGUCAUGUCCGACCUCUCAGCUUGGUUCUUCUGUUUAGUUUGGGAUCCUUAAACAAACAAACAAACAAACAAACAGAAAGAAAGAAUAAACCUGGUGGUUUAGUUUUAUUUCUCAGCGCGCGAGCCCACGCCUUGUGAUUGAGGCGCUAGCUGGAAGCUAACCUCCGCUCUCACACAGGGAAGGCAAGCGGAGUGUCGGAGGCCAGAGGGAGUGAGGGAGUGUGAGCUUAGGGAGUGAGUGUGAGCUGGAGUGAGUGAGUGUGAGCUGAAGCUGAAGUGUCGGUGAUCCACCCCGAUGGGCUGCACGGUGAGUCAGGAGGAUAAGGCGGCGCGAGAGCACUCCCGGGACAUCGACCGGACCCUGCGCGAGGAUGGAGAGAAAGCAGCCAAGGAGGUCAAACUGCUGCUCCUGGGUGCGGGAGAGUCGGGGAAGAGCACCAUCGUGAAGCAGAUGAAGAUUAUCCAUGAGGACGGAUAUUCGGAAGAUGAGUGUAAGCAGUACAGAGCCGUGGUCUACAGUAACACCAUCCAGUCCAUCAUGGCCAUCGUUAAAGCUAUGAGCAACCUCAAGGUCGAGUACGAGGAACCUGCCAGAGCUGACGAUGCGAGGCAGCUCUUUGCUCUGGCUUCAGGAGCGGAGGAACAGGGGUUAUUCCCUGAGGAUCUCUCCAGCAUCGUCGCUCGCCUGUGGGCUGACGGAGGAGUGCAGAACUGCUUCGCCCGCUCCAGAGAAUACCAACUUAACGACUCGGCUGCUUACUACCUGAAUGAUCUGGAGAGAAUAGCUAAAGCGGACUACGUCCCAACCCAGUCUGACGUGUUGAGGACCCGAGUGAAGACCACAGGCAUCGUAGAGACACACUUCACCUUCAAAGAGCUCCACUUCAAGAUGUUCGACGUCGGAGGUCAGCGUUCCGAGAGGAAGAAAUGGAUCCACUGCUUCGAGGGCGUCACUGCCAUCAUCUUCUGCGUGGCCAUGAGCGCUUACGACCUGGUGCUGGCCGAGGACGAGGAGAUGAACCGCAUGCACGAGAGCAUGAAGCUCUUCGACAGCAUCUGCAACAACAAGUGGUUCACGGAGACGUCCAUCAUCCUCUUCCUCAACAAGAAGGACCUGUUCGAGAAGAAGAUCGCACACAGCCCUCUGACCAUCUGCUUCCCAGAGUACACAGGCUCCAGCACGUACCCCGAGGCGUCGGAGUUUAUCCGCACCAAGUUUGAGGACCUGAACAAAAAGAAGGACACCAAGGAGAUCUACUCACACUUCACCUGCGCCACUGACACCGAGAACAUCCAGUUCGUCUUCGACGCGGUCACCGACGUCAUCAUCAAGAACAACCUGCGUGACUGCGGACUGUUCUAGAGGAAAGGCUCGCUCAUCACCACGGGCCCAGACUUGAACUGGAGUGAUGAGCAGGUGAAGGUGUUCUGACUGACUGCACUGUAACUGUUUCCUGCUUCAGCCUGCUUUCGGAUCAGCCGAGUCGCCGAGCGCUCGGAACAUUCACCAUUUCACCGACGCGUGUGUGUCUGUCUCUCUCCCCUCCCCCCUCUCUUCUCCCUCACUCCUCACAUCUUUUUCGUGUUUGAUUUUUAGACUGCAGCUUCGUCUUAUUAUUAACCUUCGGGCUUCGACCACAAAUCCGGAUUUAUUGUAUUUGUGCCUUUUUUUUUUUAAAUCGAUGUAUGUUUUUGUUUGUUUUUCAUCCUCUUUGUUUCUUUGAGUAAUAGGAGAGCUAAAGCAAAAAGAGCAAAAAAAAAACCUUUUUAUAUGAAUACUUUCAUUUUAGUCUAGAGAAUCUGAUGUGCAGAUUUUAUUAAACAUUUAAUUACAGAAAUUUUUGUUUUUUAAUAGACGCAGCAGAUACACACAGAAAUCAGAUUGAAAAAAGGAGAGAUUUUGUAAAAAAUGUUUACACGUCGUACUUUAUAUCCAAACAAAACGUGAAUCGUGUGGCGCAGUGUCUCGACAGACAUUCCUUUUUCAAAUUAUCUUAAAUAUUUUAAAACGCACGAGCUCUGCAGAAACGACAAAGCGGAUUGGUGAGGGUUCAGGAGUCGGAGCUGUGAAGUGUGUAUGAGGAGAGUUCUCUCUCUUGACCAUUCCAUCCUGUGCCUUUAUUAUUCCAUAUUAUUAUGAUCAUCAUUGUCUUCACAUCCAUCUCUCUGUCCUCUCUGACACCAUAUAAGGAGAAAAAGUUCCUGUAAUGAGUCAAAAAUCGAAUUGAUAAUAAAGGUAGUGUGUUUGCUGAAGAGUAAAAUGAAAGUCCUGUGUUAUGAUUUAAUUUAAAUAAAAGUUAGAUUCACUCGA